AUGGCUGUGGUCUGCCUGCUGGUUAUCUGUGCUGCUGCUCUGGCCUCCUGUGGUCCCAUUUACGUGCCUCCCAACUUGGACCAGGCCCACAAAUCCAUUGUUGCCUCACUGAACCUGACUCUCCCUGAGGUUGGAAGUCGGCCCCUCUUCACCUCAGUCAUCAGGAGUCUGAACAGCUCCUGUCAGCUGCUAAAGGAAGACGUGAUGCUGAUGAAUGCCACACUGGACGUGUACACGAGAGUCUUCAGCAUCCUCCUAAAGACCCCCCUCAGCCCCAAUAACCGGGACCUGGAGAAGCUCAAUCAUGCCAUGUCCCGUCUCAAGAGUCAGAUCAGUCACCAACAACAGAACAAGGAAGAGCUUCUCGCCAAAAUCAGAGCUGUGAAGGUGGAGGAUGCGCUGGUGCAGAGGAAGGUCCUGGCUGAGUUUUUGGAGGUGUACCAUGCCCUUUCAGGCCUCAUCCAUAACACAUGUGUUCACUGA